AUGCUACUAAGUGAUGAGGAGGCAAGAGAUUAUGAUAAGGCUGAACAGGAUGAGCAAACCACUGAAGGAGAGGAGACAGAAGGAGACAUCAUAAUACACCUCAAAAAGGUGUUGGAGUUACUAAGAAAACACCAACUUUAUGGAAAAACGAGCAAGUGCUCCUUGGCUCAAAUGAAGGUAGAAUACCUAGGGCACAUAAUAUCUUGGGAAGGUGUUGCCACUGACCCCCAGAAGGUAGAAUGGAUGCUUAACCGGACAAAUGUCAAGGCACUUAGAGGAUUCUUAGGGCUCACUGGCUAUUACAGAAAGUUCAUAAAAGUUUAUGUGGCUAUUAGUGAACCACUUAUAUUACUACUUAAAAAAGAUGUCUUUGAGUGGAAACAUAGACCGAGUAGGCUUUUAAUCAACUUAAAGAGGUGA